GGCUCAUGGGCCUGGCGACGGAGUCGACUCCAGGCAAGCGGAUCCGCAAGCCGUCACUGCUCUACGAGGGUUUCGAGAGCCCCACCAUGGCGUCGGUGCCAGCCCUGCACCUGCCUCAGGUGAACCCUCCACCACCGGAGGUGUCCAACCCCAAAAAGCCAGGCAGGGUCACCAACCAGCUGCAGUAUCUCCACAAGGUGGUGAUGAAGGCCCUGUGGAAACAUCAGUUCGCCUGGCCUUUCCGCCAGCCCGUCGAUGCUGUCAAGCUGGGCCUGCCGGAUUAUCACAAGAUCAUCAAGCAGCCCAUGGACAUGGGGACCAUCAAGCGGCGUCUGGAGAACAACUAUUACUGGGGGGCGGCGGAGUGCAUGCAGGACUUCAACACCAUGUUCACCAACUGUUACAUCUACAACAAGCCCACGGAUGACAUUGUGCUGAUGGCCCAGACCCUGGAGAAGAUUUUCCUGCAGAAAGUGGCUCAGAUGCCUGCAGAGGAGCAGGAGAUUGUCAUCACCGUGGCCAAGAACAGCCACAAGAAGGGGGCUUCCCGGGCGGCAGCUCUCCUGGCAGGUGCAGUCACUGCAGCUCACCAAGUGCCUGCAGUCUCCUCGGUCUCGCACGCCUCGCUCUACACCCCAAGCGCUGAGAUCCCCACCACUGUGCUCAGUAUCCCCCACCCCUCGGUGAUCUCGGCACCGCUUCUCAAAUCACUGCACUCCGCCGCCUGCCAGCCAGUGCUGGCUGUGCCCGCUCCCACGCAGCCCGUGGCCAAGAAGAAGGGUGUGAAGCGAAAAGCGGACACCACCACCCCCACCACCACAGCCAUCAUCGCCACUAGCGGGGAGUCGUCCCCGUCGGCCACCCUUCUGGAGCCCAAAGCGGCCAAGAUCCCCACCCGGCGGGAGAGCGGGCGCCCCAUCAAGCCCCCCAAGAAGGACCUGCCCGACUCGCAGCAGCACCAGACCUCCAAGAAGGGCAAGCUGUCCGAGCAGCUCAAGUAUUGCAACGGCAUCCUCAAGGACCUGGUGUCCAAGAAGCACGCUGCCUACGCCUGGCCGUUCUACAAGCCCGUCGACGCCUCGGCCCUG